AUGCCUAGUAACUCCAGUGUUAUGAAGCAGUUCUUCUGCCCGUCCAAGCCACAGCUGACGGUUGAACAUCUCCCUGAUUUGACGGAUAAGGUAACUCAAUUCCCGGCUGAGAUGUCGCCGUUUGGUAUCAGUCUUGGAAAAGAGAUCGCUCAAGCCUUAUACUCAAAGAAUGCGCGGGUAUACAUGAUGGCGCGUUCCGAGAUAAAGACUAAGGGAGCCAUGGAGAGCAUCAAGACCAAUAACCCUAGCUCAAAGGGCGAACUCCAGUACAUUCACCUUGACCUCUCUGACUUGACUACAAUCAAGUCCUCCGUCAACCAGUUCCUCCAGAAGGAGCCGAAUCUGCACUUGCUCUACAAUAACGCAGGAGUGGGAUACCCUGAGAAAGGCUCUAAGACAAAGCAAGGCUAUGAACUGCAGCUCGGUGUCAACUGCGUGGGGCCUUUCUUAUUCACUAAGCUUCUGAUGCCUGCCUUGACUUCCACUGCUAAGAUAUCACCAAAGCACUCGGUUCGCAUCGUAUGGGUUUCUUCAUCCGCUGCCGAGUCUUUUGAUCCCGAGCUCUUUAUGGAGACACUGCCUAAGAUUGACGACGUGGGCCAGCUGGAUCAGUACAACGUCAGCAAGAUGGGCAACUAUCUUCACGCUUGCGAAUUUGCACGACAGUACAAAGAGAGUGGCGUCCUCUCCGUGUCUCUCAAUCCUGGCGCUCUGGAUUCUGACUUCUGGCGCAGUCAAGGCAAAGUCACGUUGACUCUUCUCCGCAGCACUGUUCUACACCCGCCAAUCUAUGGAGCUUACACUGCACUUUUUGCCGGCUUUACUCCUCAAAUAACUUCUGAAAAUUCAGGAAGCUAUGUUGCGCCUUGGGGCAAGAUUUGGAAGCUUCAGCAAGAUAUGCUGGAUGCGGCCAAGACAAAAGAGGAGGGGGGCACCGGGGUGGCAAAAGCGUUUUGGGACUGGAGUGAGGAGCAGGUCAAGCCAUAUGUCUGA